AUGGGUCAUGGACACCAUAGGUGCUGCAGCAAACAAAAAGUGAAGAGAGGGAUGUGGUCACCUGAGGAAGAUGAGAAACUUUCAAGGCACAUUUCUGCCUACGGCCAUGGCCGUUGGAGUGCAGUUCCUAGACUUGCUGGGUUGCAGAGAUGCGGCAAGAGUUGCAGACUGAGAUGGAUAAAUUAUUUGAGGCCGGGUUUGAAAAGAGGGAGUUUUUCUCCACAAGAAGCUGCUCUCAUAGUUGAUCUACAGAAUAUUUUGGGGAAUAAGUGGGCUCAGAUAGCCAAAUAUCUUCCGGGAAGAACAGACAAUGAAGUGAAAAACUUUUGGAAUUCAAGUAUCAAGAAAAAACUCAUGGCAAUGAAUCUUUCUAAUAUGGCUCCAGUUUCCAAUCUAGCCGCAAUUUCUAAUCUGGCAAAUUCUGCAAGGAGCAAUUUUCAAGGUUUGUGCUCAAUGAAUUCAAACUCUAUUCUGAUCCCAACUGCCCAAAUGGAUCAAGUCUGCAUCCCUGCAGCAGCCCCAAAUGAUCCACUACCACAAGGGUUUGAUCAGGUGAAUUUUAAUACCAAUUUAUUCACUCCGCUGCCAUCUUUUCCUUUUUCGUCACUGGAUUCAUCUGCAUAUGAUCUGCCGCCCGUAUGGAUGCCAUCGGAAUACCAGAAACCUCAACUGAUUGAUCAUCAGCAUCAAUUUAACAAACAGGAAGAUACUUCCAUGUUCAUCACUGACGGCGCUGGGGCUCCACAAUUUUUCAACCUGCCGCAAUUAAUGGGUACUUUUGAUGAUACAUCAGCAUUUAAUGGUCUUCUGAAACUCAGUCAAAUGACCGAUGGGGAUCAGUUUGGGAUGUGUUCUUCAUCUGUUUCACCAGUUCUCGCACCAGUUUCUACAGGUUUUUCAGGAUUCCCUUCUGUCCUUCAUGCACCAAAGAUGCAGGUUCCUGCAGUCAGUCAUAUCCAGUUCAUUCAUUCCGUCAUGCCAGCAUUCAACUCACCAUCUUCCUCCUCGUCCUCCCCCUUGCCAGUACUGACUCCUACUACCAGUUAG